AUGUCAGCCGUUUUGACUGAGACGAAUUUAUUCAAACCUAUAACUAUAGGAAAUGGCAUACAUUUAAGUCACAGAAUAGUACAUGCUCCCACAUCAAGAUCCAGAUCUACUAACGAUGGUGAAAAUUUCCCAACUGAUUUGAUGAUUAAAUAUUAUGAUUCAAGAUCUAAAUUUGAAUAUUCAUUAAUUGUAUUUGAGUCAUGUUUGGUAUCACCUAGAAGUGGUUUAGUACCGUUUAAGUCAGGAGUUUUCACCACUGAACAAUGUGAAGCAUUGAAGAAAAUCACAGAUAAGAUUCAUGAAAAUAAAUCAUUUGUUUCUUGUCAAAUAUUCAGUCCAGGUCGUGUUUCAAAUAUUCAAUUAGUAAAAGAUAAAGGAUUACCGUAUUUGGCUCCUUCGGUCAUUUAUCAUGCUGAAGGUCACAAGAUCACAGCUGAAGAAUUAAAUUAUCCAUUAAAAGAAUUAACAAUAAACCAAAUUCAUGAUAUUCAAGAAGAUUAUGUAACAGCUGCGGUAAAUUGUUUAACUAAAGGAGGUUUUGACUUGGUGGAAUUACAUGGGACUUCAGGAUUUUUGAUUGAACAAUUUUUAUCUCCAAUUUCAAAUACUAGAAAUGAUGAAUAUGGUGGUAAUCUUGAAAAUAGAUGCAGAUUUUUGAUAGAAAUAAUAACAAAAUUCAUAGAUCAUCCACAAAUAGGUAGUUCUAAAUUUGGUAUUAGAUUAUCUGCUUGGUCAAUUCAUUUUGGAAUGAAUUAUCCAGAAGAUAAGUAUCCUAUAAAUGAUACAUAUCCACCAUUGUUAUUCUGUCAAUAUAUUUUAAAUCAUUUAGAAGAUUUGAAAAAAAAUGGUAAAGAGAUUGCUUAUGUUUCAAUAAUGGAACCUCGUGUUUCAGGAUCAUUUGACCAAGAUCCUGAUGGGAAAUCUAAUUCAUCAUUAGUUAAAGCUUGGUCAGGAAAAUUGAUUAGAGCUGGUGGAUAUGCAACUAAUUAUAAAGGUGAUCCAUCGAUACUUAAAUCUAACAAUCCAAAUGUAAAGAUUACUAAAGAUGGAGAAGUAGAACAUUAUUCAUCUUUAAAACAAGAUAUAAAUGCAGAUGAUAGAACUUUGAUUGCAUUUGCAAGACCUUUCACAUCAAAUCCUGAUCUUGUUCAUAGAUUAAAAAAUAAUUUGGAGUUAGAUUUAUAUGAAAGACCUUUUUUCUAUUCUCAUCAGCUUGAAGGUUAUUUAACAUUCGGUAACUAUGUGGAUGAGAACUUAUACUCAAAUACUUUACAAUUUCCAAUAGACGAAUUGAAAAGAGAAGGAAUCUCAUUAAAAAGUAAGUAG